AUGCCGACAAAAACCUCUUCACGAAGCAAAGGCUUCAAGAGUCUUGUUGAUCAGCUUGCUGAUUUGGAAGAUCCUACACCUAAAGAUUUUGAUCCGGAAGAUCCAGAUACUGGCCACCAAGACAGUGAUGACGAGUCCGAAUCGGAAGUCGAUGAGAAUACCGGCCGUGAGCACUAUGAAAACGUUGGCAAGAGCAAGCUUAGGAAACCCGAGACUGUCAUCUUAGGAAAAGAGUAUGCCGGGUCACGUGUGAGUAGAGAUGCGUUGGAGGAUUUGAGCGACGACAACGACCCUUUUCAGCGCCUCGAUUCCGACGAGAAUGAUGAUGACGAGGAAGAGGGUAUAAGCGAAUCUAGCGAGGAUAAAGAAGAACAACAUGAAGGAGAUAGCGAAGGUGAUUUGUCGGACGAUGAUGAUGAUGAUGAUGAUGAUGAUAUGUCUGCAUCUGAUCAAGAUGACAACGCAACCAACAAUGGAUCAAUGUCAGACGAGCGUGCAGAAUUGCGGAAAUUGAUGGCUACCGACCAGAAAACGGUCGCUGCGACUAUCUCCGAGGCCGCUAAAGCGGAUGCAGCAAAGGGAUUCGCUGUGAAGCAGCAACGAGUGGCCUUCGAUGCUCUGCUUAAUGCCAGAAUAAAGCUGCAAAAAGGACUCACUGCUAUUAGUGACUCGUCUAACAUCUCGUGGGAGACAGAGGAAGAAAAUUCAGACGCUAUCCAGUCCGCUGAAUCGGCCGCCCUGGCAUUGUGGUCCUCCCUAGAGGAGUUGCGUGUGGCCCUCGCUGAAGUCCAGUCCAAGGAAGACUCAAAAAAGCGGAAGAGAUUACCGCCGGUUUCCCUUGACACGUCUUCCGAAUCAAUUUGGCAACGAAUGCAGAAUCUGGAGACAAAGUCCCAAAUACACCGCCGCGCCGUGCUGGAGAAAUGGAAUCAUAAGGUCCGCGGCACAAACGCGAACCUUCCCAAUGCCAGAGGCAAACUUGUCGCAAAUUCCGGCAACAAUUCCAUCAUAGCUGUCCUUGAAGCUCACGUCGCAACGGAGGUCGGUGACCGGGCUACCAAGAAGCAGCGUACUAGUGAAGCUUCCGGGUCCUCCUACGAUGACUCGGCCUUCUAUCAAUCUCUUCUCCGUGACCUGGUGGAGCAGCGGAUGUCUUCCUCGGACGCGGUGACCAACGGGCUUGAUGCAUUACAUUUGCAGAUUCCCGCGCAUUCUGCGUCGGGCAUGCGCAAGGACAAGGUCCACAAGAAUGUCGACACUAAAGCAUCCAAAGGCCGCAAGAUGCGAUAUAAUGUGCACGAGAAGCUACAGAACUUCAUGGCACCGGAGGAUCGCGGUACUUGGAGCAGUCGAGCACGAGACGAAUUCUUUGCAUCUUUGCUCGGCAAGACUGCUAGUGGCCUGCUCGGGGAAGCAGAUUCAGAGGAUGAGCCGAAUGGCGUCAAUGGAGCCGCGUCAGAUGAGGAAGACCUAGAAGAAGGCGGCCUGAGGCUCUUCAGAGGGUGA